AUGAAGAUGAAACUUGGCCUUGCUCUUGUUGGGGUUUUCGUCCUUCUGGCUCUGGUGACACAGAGGGCGAUCUCGUCCGACCAGACACAUCUCUUCGUUUUCUCAGCUCUCUCUUCUCCCCCUGAAACUAAAUUAGCCGCGCGCUCGCGAAUACUAGGCAAUAGAAUCACCUCAGUCAGCUUCUCGGGUACCUCAAAUAGCCAGUUGCCAUUGAACUGGGAGGCCUAUCAGUCCAGUGUCCUGCAAUCUAGUGUUCAGACACAACAUACAAUUCUUGGUUUGAAAUCCCAGUUGGGCCAUUUGAUUUUCAAGUAUUCUUCAAUCUUGUCCCAUCCAAAAUCAUCAUAUGCGGUAAACGUUUCUUGA